ACGUCCAGUUGCCAUCCGACCGUGCAUUGCGAUUCAUCGUGGACCAGGCAAUGUCUUCACCCGAAAUCACGGGGAUGCAGCAGAAGGAAAAGUCUGUGAGAAAGGCUGUGAUCUUCUCACAGCCGAAUCGGAGCAAGUCGGAAGUCCCGGUGGUGCAGAAGCGCGGGAAGACACCGUUGCAACCGCCGGUGGAUAAAUCCUUUCCCAAGUGGCUGACGGAGACCGUACCGAAACCGUUCCCGUACUUUCCGCAGAUUGGUGAUGUGGUGUACUAUUAUCAGGAGGGACACAAGAAGUAUGUGAGACGGUUGAUCGGCCUCGGCAUUUCGUCUAAAUUAUUUAAGGGAAUGCCGAAUGCGAGCUGGAAUUUAAAGGAAGUGGAAGAGCUGGAAAUUGUUGCUUUAAAGUUCGUCAACGUCAGUGUGGGGCUCUCGACACAGGGCGGCGUUCCCAUGAUCCACCAUUUAGCUGAAAUUGAGAUGAAACGCAAAGGCACGCCACCGAAUGGAAGUACGUUCACGAUCAGUUUUUGCGGAAGUUUUGACGGAAUGGAAGAUUUUCUGGUGCUGGAGCACCGUGUGCUGCGGAGCCAGAAUACAGUGUGGCAAGAAGGAGCCCGCGUGAGGUGUCUUAUUUUGGGGAAUAACAAACUCUAUGGAUUCAAGGGCACCAUUGACUCUGUGACGCCCGAUGCGCCCGGCAUGUACCACAUGCUCAACGUCAGGUGCGAUGUAUCGAAAUCUAUCGAACCGAUUAGUCCAUGGUAUCUUCAUUUAAUUACGCCAGAAGAAGACGAAUCAGUAGCGGACGGUUGCGUUGUUACCGCCGCUGAACUGCGCAGCAUGGCCUACCAACCAACACCGACCGACUGGAACAAUCGCGAUCCCGCUCGGGAAACGAGGCGCAUUCUGGGACUGCUGCACACCGUGUCAUCGCUGCCGGAAGCGCAACCGUUUGCCGCCCCGGUUAACCUGGUGCAUUAUCCGGAUUACGUGAAGAAGAUCGCGUAUCCUGUAGAUCUCAAGACGAUCAGGCAACGCUUGUCGCUGCAGUUCUAUCGACAUAAAGCCGCCCUUAUUUUUGACUUUCGGCAGAUUGCCAUCAACUGCGAGAAGUACAAUGGGAACGCACCAGUUACCAUGCAGGCCAACAUUAUUGUGGAUGUUUGUACCGAUAUUGUCAAUAAUCAAUCGGCGCUGCUCGUUCUGGGAUCUGCGUACAUUGAACGCAUAAGGAUGAAAUGGCGCACCGCGUUCGCAGCCCAUAAGACUGCAGACUGUCGCGGCGUAGCCAGCGUUAACUCCUUGAUGGAUUCGUCCAUCCUAUCGGAUUCCGACGAAGAGAAAUCCGCUGAUGAUGAUAACGACAAAGAUUUCUCACUGCAGCCGGGCGAUGACGAGUCCAGCGAAGAUGAAAUGGACACGGAGCCGCCGAGCGAGGAGAUGUCGGAAGCGCCCGGUGAGGAUGAUGAAGAUGACGGCGAAUGCAAUCGCGGCCGGAAAGUCCGUCCCCAGCGGAGGAAAGCCGUCCCGCGGCGUUUUAGCGACAAUGCUUUUCAGUCGUGUCUGCGACACCUGCGAAUUGAAACCGCGUCGGAUGUAUCGGAGACUGCCCAUCACCGCGUCAGCCGCAGGUGUGCGACCGAAUCGGCGCGACCGAAGAGCGGCGGCAGCGUGGAUAAACCGUUGUGCAGUCAUUCGGCGAAGGAAUGCGGCGUAGGUUGGAAGCAGUCGAUUUGCGGCGGCGGUAAGCGGAAGACGGUGGAGAAGCCGGUGUUGCAGCGACUGGGAAAGCGCUCAGCGUCCACUAUGCAUUUAAGCUAUGCGGAAUCUGAUCUGGAGGAGAAUCUCAGAAACCCGGUGCAGAUCGGGAGCUUUUUGGCGCCCGUGGUGUGGACGGAGACGCUUAGUGGACGCAAAGUGAAACGGCCGCAAAUUUACAUGUCGUGAGAGCUGUGCUGAUAUGUGCCAGUGUAAUUUUGAUGGCAUUUGUUAAUAUAAUCAGUUUUAAGGGUAUUUAUGGAGAAAAUUGCUGCAGGGAUGAGGGUUUUCUGGAAUGUUUGAAUUGUUCAUUCAUUCAUUAAAUUGUCUGCAGGUUGUUGU